AUGGCCCAUCUCCUGCGAGGAAAGCAAGCGGGCAUACAAAAUGAUCUCAGCGCCGGACUACAUGCCGACCAAUUCGCCAUUGAUGACCUGGCUCGAUAUGGAGUCAACUCCCAAGUCUCAUGCAUGGCGUAUGAUCCCGUUCAAUCUCUCCUUGCCGUCGGGACCAAAUCCUCCCAAUUCGGACCGGGUCAGAUCUAUCUGUUUGGAAAGGGUCGCAUACAGGCAAUCUUGCCAAUCGCUGCACGCGGAGCAAGCCCUCAUACAUUGCAAUUCUGUGCCGAGAAGUUGAUCUGCUUGGACUCGAAGCACGAUGUGUCAAUGUACAGCAUUGAACUGAAGAGGUUGAUCACUUCCCACUCACCCCCCGGUGUAGUGACUGUCCUCUGUAGUGAUCCCAUGCUGGACUAUGCCUUGCUGGGAAUGCAGACGGGCGACAUCCUCGCAUUCGACAUGGACCGGGAGAGUGUCGCUCCAUUUCGCAUUCCCAAUCUCUGGCAGGAAGUGGAACCGAGAGCUCGAACUGUAGCGAUUGUAUCGUUGCAAUUCCACCCCAGGGAUAUCGGAACUCUGUUGAUUGGAUAUACGCAUGGAGCGGUCAUCUACAGCUUCAAACUCAACAAAGCUUUGAAGUUCUUCCAAUAUGAAGUGCCGCGGGGAGCGCCCGGAGGCGAUGGGGACCCAACCUCGACGAACAUCAUCCGACGACCGAAGCUCACCCAAGCCGUCUGGCAUCCUACGGGAACCUUUAUCAUGACAGGACACGAAGACAGCUCGAUUGUGUUUUGGGAUACUAUCAAGGACGGCAGAAUGCUCAUGGCCAGGACUCUCACAGAAACGAACAUUGCCACGCCGGGAGCAGUGGCUGGUAGCAUUGGAGCGAGCCCGGGAACAUUUGCUGUCAAAGAGCCAUUAUUUAAAAUGUCCUGGUGUCCCAAUGCCCAGGACCCAGAAGAUACCGCCAUCCUCAUCGCAGGAGGCCAAUCCACGCAGUCUCCCACCAAAGGUCUCACGCUGUUUGAAAUGGGCAGGACGCCAGUAUACGCGACGUCUGCAUGGGAGACUUUGGCCGCGUACUUUGAUGCUCCAAAGCGGCAGCGAGUCCUCCCUACGCCUCCAGGUGCAGAAGUGGUCGACUACUGUCUCAUCCCUCGAACAUCGCCCCACUUUGCUGGCGCGCACGAUCCCAUUGCCGUCAUUGCUCUCCUCUCCUCGGGGGAGAUGCUAUCACUCUCAUUCCCUUCCGGCAUGCCCAUUAGCCCGACCAAUCAAUUACACGUUUCUCUCACCUUUGUGCACCCAUUCAUUCAAUCCCUCGGCACCACGCAGGUKCAGCGUGAGAAGUGGAUGGGUCUGCAAGAACGCCGGCAACAGGGUCCACCAAUCCUCCAAGGCGGUAGCGAAAUGCCCAGCCAUUUGAGACGGCACGAGAGUCGAAGCAUCCUCCACACCGUUCAUGCCGAUGGGACCGUCCGACUUUGGGACCCCGGUCAUGGCGAUGAGAUUGAAAAUGAAAAGGUGCUACAAGUGGACAUUGCUCGUGCCGUCGGCCGAUGGGACAAUAUCGCCGUAACAGCCGUUUCGUUCGCAGGACCCAGCGGUGAACUAGCAGUUGGGAUGCGCAGCGGCGAGGUGGUGAUAUUCAGAUGGAGUACUAAUCGCACUCCCGGCCGAGAGUCAAGUACUGUGAAGCAAAAUCAACCCAAAGCGCUUACAAGCAUCACCGAUCGCAUCGAGCCCUCCCUCUCGGAAGGUCUCUGUCCUUUUACACUACUGGAUCAACAGGACGGCCCCGYCACUGCGGUAUGUAUGAGCGAGAUUGGCUUUGCCGCUGCAGCAUUCGAAGGUGGCAGCGUUGUGUUGAUCGAUUUGAGAGGCCCUGCCAUCAUCCUCAACACUUCCGUACAGGACUUUGCCAAGGGUCRCAAAACCAGCAGUCUCCGUCGUCGGGCCAGUAGCUCCAGUGAUGGCAAGCCCGAAUGGGGAACAGAGGUGGAAUUCAGCAUCAUGUCGCUGGAAGGAGACGACUACAGCUCCAUCCUCCUACAUGUAGGCACCAAUCAAGGAAACCUAGCAACCUUCAAGAUCAUCCCCGACCCAAGCGGCCGCUACACGACUCAAUUCGCCGGCCAUGUUGCGUUGGAUAGCAGUCGAGUGAUGUACAUUGCGCCCAUGUCAGCCGACARUGGAAAGCCCGCGACGGCUUCCCAACACGCCAUGGGCAACUUACGAACGGGCCUGAAAGUCAACGGGGCGUUACUAGUCGUCACUCCAACAAACAUCUCGCUCUUCCGUCCCGCAACCUCCAAAGGCGCACACAAGACCUUUGACAGUUACUUCUGCGACUGCGCGGGUGUAGUCCGCUAUCAAGACCAAGGCUACGCCCUCCUCGGCUUGUUUGGGGAUGGAAAAGCCCGCGCAUUCUCCCUCCCCCAACUUCGGGAAAUCGCCACCAUCGACCUCCUCGACAUCAACAACAGCGGCUCAGGCCUUGACAUCCGACGUCUCGGCAGCGCGGCCAUCACUCCCACUGGAAACAUUCUCGCCUUUACAGGACCCAGCGAAAUCGCUCUCUUGACAAUCUGGGGAACGGGAGAAUCUUCACAUCGUCGUCAAGACCGUCUCUUCAGUCCUGAACGAUUAAUUCCCCCCCGUCCCACGAUUUCCAACGUGCAAUGGUUGACAGGCACCCAACACAUCACGCCUUUGGAUAUGGAUAUUCUGAUUGGUGGGACGGAUCGACCUCCGAGUAAACGAAUGGUGGCGCAGGCUCGAUCGGAGGAGGAACAGAGACGUCAAACUGCGCGAUCUGGUGCUUCUACUUCUACUGCAACAGGGGACGAGGAGGGAUAUUGGGGAUAUAUGCAACGACAAUUGGCGGAGCGGACGGAGAAGUUGGGGAUUGUGGGGGAUAACAUGGAGAAUUUGGAGCAGAAUAGUAGUAAUUGGUUGGAGGAUGUUAAUAAAUUUGUGGGGAGGCAGAAGAGGAAUGCUGCGGGUUCUAUUUUGAAGUCCAAGUUCGGAUUCUAG